AUGAAUAACAUGACUGGCAACAACAACAAUAAUAGUAACAAUAAUCAUAACAAUAACAUAAAUUCCAGCAGCAGUCCCAACUACAGCCAAAUCAGCGACGCUAACAGCGAUUCGAAAAAGUUAGCAAAGCUCAAAGCAACCAACCUUUGCGUUAUCGAUAACAAAACCUUAAGUGGCGGAAACAAAAGCGAACGUUGCGUGCUGUGUCUGGACGAGAAACGUUACCCGGUGCGCAUCCCAUGCGGACACUCAUUCUGCAAGGAUUGCCUGGAUGUCUAUAAAUCGUAUCAGAAGUAUGCCUGGGCCAAUCGCUGCCCCAUCUGCCGCGGUUCGAUGAAAGAGAAGCGCCGUUUAGUCAAGCGGAAGCAUUCGGAAACGACAGAUGGCGCAACAGCCACUACUUCAGCCACCGUGAUCAGCAGCAUCAGCAGUAGCAGCGAGCUGGGGCCCACACGUAUGCGCCUAAAUCCAUCAUCAGCCACCAUCGCCGCUGCGACAGCAGCUGCAGCUACAGUCACUGCCACUGCGCUGUCAGAAGCUGCCGCCGAAGCAACCGUUGAACAAAUCCACUUCUUGGAAGAGUACAUGGCAAUGGCUGUAGAAUUGGAUGUGUUCGGCACCAACACCGGCACCACCUUUGGCAAUGCAGUCAGCAUCAGCACGCCUACGAACUCAGCAUCGACCGUCAGUGCAAGCGAAGCUGCAGGUGAAGAUGAAGAAGCCGAGGAGUUGCAUGCAGCGGAUUUAGAAGCGAACUGGGAGCAAAAUGUGGGAUAUGAACAGGAAGAAUUUGGGGAAGGAGAUGUAGAAGAGGAAGAUGAAGAGGCAUUGGGUGAUGAUGUUGAUGUGGAAGAAGACGAGGAAUCAGACGGAGAGGAUGACGACGAAGAAGAUGGGGAUGAUGAGGACGAUGACCUGUACUUUUUCAAUGGAUAUGACGACGAGAACUAUGAAGAUAAUGACGACCACGAUCACUACGAUUACGAUACGGUGGAUGAAGACGAAAUGGGCGAUGAUAUGGAUGAUUAUGGCGAAUGGCAGGAUGCGUUUGACGAGUUUUAUGAUGACAACGUUGAAGGUGGCGACGAUGUGCUAUUCGUCGAUGAAGUAAUCAUUGUCGAUUGA